ACAGGCGCCAUUUUAAGGUCCAGUUUCCAGUCACACAGGAGUUUUCAGCGUUAGUGCAUCGAAGAGUGCGGCUACCCGUCCGGAAUUUUGCCGGGUGGUCUAGCGAUUUCAUUCCAGUUUGGAUACUGAAGCGUUGGUCCCACGCCCCUGACAGAAAAACGGCUUAUCCGUUUUGGUAUCAGAUUUGGAAGUAGUUCGGACUGAGGCCUUGGCAGUACGAUGGCUACCCAGUCUGAUUUGAUGGAGCUGGACAUGGCUAUGGAGCAAGACCGGAAGGCUGCAGUCAGCCACUGGCAGCAGCAGUCUUAUCUAGACUCUGGAAUCCACUCUGGGGCCACCACCACAGCGCCCUCUCUCUCAGGCAAGGGCAACCCCGAGGAGGAAGACCUGGACAACCAGGUGCUGUACGAGUGGGACCAGGGCUUCAGCCAGCCCUUCACCCCAGAGCAGGUGGCAGAUAUGGAUGGGCAGUACGCCAUGACGCGGGCCCAGCGUGUGCGGGCAGCCAUGUUCCCGGAGACGUUGGACGAGGGCAUGCAGAUCCCCUCCACUCAGUUUGAUUCUGCAAACCCCACCAAUGUCCAGCGGCUUGCCGAACCCUCCCAGAUGCUCAAGCAUGCCGUGGUCAACCUCAUCAACUACCAGGAUGAUGCCGAACUGGCCACCAGGGCCAUCCCUGAGCUCACCAAGCUCCUCAACGAUGAGGACCAGGUGGUAGUGAACAAGGCGUCUGUGAUGGUGCACCAACUGUCGAAGAAGGAAGCAUCGCGCCAUGCCAUCAUGCGUUCCCCACAGAUGGUGUCGGCCGUUGUGCGGACCAUGCAGAACACAGCUGACGUGGAGACGGCCCGCUGUACGGCUGGGACUCUGCAUAACUUGUCCCACCACCGGGAGGGUCUGCUGGCCAUCUUCAAGUCAGGGGGCAUCCCUGCCCUUGUCAAGAUGCUGGGGUCUCCAGUGGACAGCGUGCUGUUCUAUGCCAUUACCACCCUACACAACCUCCUGCUGCACCAGGAAGGUGCCAAGAUGGCCGUCCGUCUGGCCGGAGGCCUGCAGAAAAUGGUGGCCCUCCUGAACAAGACCAACGUCAAAUUCCUCGCAAUCACCACAGACUGCCUACAGAUCCUGGCUUAUGGCAACCAGGAGAGCAAGCUGAUCAUCCUUGCGAGCGGUGGUCCUCAGGCCUUGGUGAACAUCAUGCGGACCUACACGUACGAGAAGCUGCUCUGGACCACCAGCCGCGUGCUUAAAGUGCUCUCCGUCUGCUCCAGUAACAAGCCUGCCAUUGUUGAGGCCGGAGGCAUGCAGGCUCUUGGUCUUCACCUCACAGACCCCAGCCAACGUCUGGUGCAGAAUUGCCUCUGGACGCUCCGCAACCUGUCUGAUGCUGCCACCAAGCAGGAGGGCAUGGAGGGCCUGCUAGGUACCCUGGUGCAGCUGCUCGGCUCGGACGACAUCAACGUGGUGACGUGUGCCGCAGGCAUCCUCUCCAAUCUCACCUGCAACAACUACAAGAACAAGAUGAUGGUGUGCCAGGUGGGUGGCAUCGAGGCGCUAGUGCGCACUGUGCUCCGCGCCGGAGACCGUGAGGACAUCACCGAGCCGGCCGUCUGUGCCCUGCGCCACCUCACCUCCAGGCACCAGGACGCAGAGAUGGCCCAGAAUGCUGUGCGGUUGCACUACGGCCUGCCUGUGGUGGUCAAGCUGCUGCACCCUCCCUCUCACUGGCCCCUCAUUAAGGCCACAGUUGGUCUGAUCCGUAACCUGGCACUGUGUCCAGCCAAUCAUGCACCGCUUCGUGAGCAGGGUGCCAUCCCCCGGUUGGUCCAGCUGCUGGUGAGGGCGCACCAGGACACCCAGAGACGCACUUCCAUGGGGGGCACCCAGCAACAGUUUGUGGAAGGAGUGCGGAUGGAGGAGAUUGUGGAGGGUUGCACCGGGGCUCUGCAUAUCCUGGCCAGAGACGUGCACAACAGAAUUGUUAUCCGAGGACUCAACACCAUCCCACUAUUUGUACAGCUCCUCUACUCUCCCAUCGAGAACAUCCAGCGUGUGGCGGCAGGUGUGCUGUGUGAGCUGGCACAGGACAAGGAGGCGGCCGAGGCUAUCGAGGCAGAGGGAGCCACUGCGCCUCUAACUGAACUGCUGCACUCCAGGAAUGAGGGAGUGGCUACAUAUGCUGCAGCUGUGCUGUUCCGCAUGUCUGAGGACAAACCCCAGGACUACAAGAAACGCCUGUCUGUGGAGCUCACCAGCUCCCUGUUCAGAACGGAGCCGAUGGCCUGGAAUGAGACUGGAGAUAUAGGUCUGGAUAUAGCUCAGGGAGAGCCUGUUGGAUACAGACCUGAUGACCCUAGCUAUCGCUCCUUCCAUUCCGGCUACGGCCAGGACGGUCUUGGCAUGGAUGGGAUGCUGGAGCACGAGCUGGCCGGCCACCAUCCUGGGGCGGACUACCCCAUGGAGGGCCUGCCUGAUCUGGGCCACUCCCAGGACCUGAUGGAUGGCCUGCCGCCAACAGACUCUAAUCAGCUGGCCUGGUUUGACACAGACCUCUAAAUGCGCCGUAACAGUCUGGAUGUAGUGAAGCUGUAUUUUCUGAACGAAUCUGCGUUGUGAUUUUGCCGGAGGAGUCACGGAAGGUUUGCCGAGGGUGGGCGAGCAUAUCGGGAAGUGCCUGACACAUGCGUGCGCGUACACACACACACACACACACACCCACCAUUCAUGCACACACACUUGUUGGGAGAAAGAGGGUGUUUCCUGCAAGGAAGAGGAAGCAAGGAAGCCAACCCUUUUUGUGUGUUCUGUUUUUGUUUUUUUUUUUUGUUUUUUUUUUUUUUUUUGUUUUGUUUUCUCUUAACCCCCCCCCCCCCCUCCCCAAUGGAAGGGCAAUCUAGAGGAUUUCAGGAGUGCAAAGGAGGGGAGGUGUCAUAGAUGGAACUAUAAACUUUUUUUUAUUUUAUUAUUUUUAGGCUUUGGUUUUAUCUUAUUUUCUAUUUUUAAGAUCAGUCUGUUUAUGGUACUGACUCCUAGCUUGGUUUUGAGCUUUAGCCUGUAUUCAUUCAUUCCCCCCACUACUUCUGUUUCAAGCAGUACUUUGUAUUCCAUCUUUUUAUUGUCUUCUGUAGCGUUGAGUUGUAGUGAACUUCAUUGGUUUGAGUCUCUCAUGUAAUGGUGUCGAACACUAAUAUCGGUUUCUAUGUAAUCUGACUGAAAGUGUAACAAUGUGUAGCUUUUUGUUUUAUACGAUCAGCUGUUAAAAUGGGAUUACAGGGGUGGUAGAAAUAUAUGCAUUCUUAUUAAAUACAUUUAAAAAAAAAAAAAAAAAAAAAAGUGGUUUUCGGUGUCAGUUAUUCCGGAACAGGUAUGGAUGAGCUAAGAGUGGGGUUUGGGGAGGGGGGUGUCUCAGGGAGCAGAGACGAAUCUUUCUUUUCUAUGCUAUCUUGAGGUAGUCUCUCUAUUGAAGCGACGUUGUUUGCCUGUGCGGCUUAUUUUGGGAACAUGGAUAAUGACCUGGCUAAACAAAUAAAAGACUUUAUUCCAGUG